CCCGUGAUCGAAUCGCGACGACGGAAUUUGAUUGCGAUCCACUUGCAUCCUUCGUUCGCUUUCCUGCUGGCCGCCCACGGUCGUGCCAUCUCACAGCAGCGAGCCAUGCUAAACCUAUUAGUACCAAGGCCCGUCCCAAUGCACGCUCUACCAGCAGUAGGCGCUAAAAAGCUUGCCCCCUGAGCUCGACCAAGGCGCGGACGCACUGCCGUUUAAUUGCCGCCGGUAAUCCGAUCCCAAGUGCCCCAACAUGAAGUUCGGCCAAGCCUUGCUGCUCGCCGCCACCGCGACCCUCUCCCUUGCCAAUCGGCCGCCCACCGUUGAUCUGGGCUAUGCUACCUAUCAGGGCUCCUACAGUACCACCUAUGGUCUGAAUAUUUGGAAGAGCAUCCGAUAUGCUGCUCCCCCGGUGGGUAACCGCCGCUGGCAGGCUCCUGCACCGCCGUUGCAGAACAACAGCCAGGUCACAUUGGCCGUUGAUCAGCCCCCUGUCUGUCCUCAGUCCGGGGCGGCGGGAACCCCAUAUGUCUAUGGCUUCAACUCGGGCCCGGGCGAUGAAGACUGUCUAUACCUGAACGUCUACGCUCCCCCGAAUGCGACGGACUUGCCCGUUCUGCUGUGGAUCCACGGCGGCGGAUAUGGGCUCUUUGGGGCAGAGUAUGACCCCAGCACAAUGAUGAACACCAACAACAACGGCUUCCUCACUGUGGAGAUUCAGUACCGCCUGGGAGCAUUCGGAUUCCUCUCCUCGUCCGAAGUCAAAGAGCACGGUGUGACGAACGCCGGUCUCCUCGACCAACGCUUUGCCUUGCACUGGGUCCAGGAGCACAUCGCCAAGUUCGGUGGUGACCCCAAGCGUGUCACCAUCGGCGGCGAGUCCUCCGGAGCUGGCUCGGUCAUGUUGCAUGCUCUGGCUUAUGGAGGCAAGGAGUUCAACCUCUUCAACAACAUCAUCGCGGCAAGCGCCUAUUCGCCACCAAGCUACAACUACAAUGACAGCGUGCCCGAGAACUACUAUAAGAAGUUUGCUGAAUUGGCGGGCUGCGGACCAAACUCUACCGCGCUGAACAGAUACCCCACCACCUUUGACUGCCUGGUGGCGGCUCCCAGCGCGCGGUUGCAGAACGCCAGUGGAACCGUCUCUUCCUCCGGUCUGUUCGGCACCUUUGCUUUCCUCCCCGUCGUCGACGGCGACUUGAUUCAGGAGCGACCAUCCCUGCAGCUGUCGCGUGGAAAAGUCAGCGGCAAACGCAUCCUCGUUGGCAACAACGCCAACGACGGCGUCCCCCUAACCAACCCCAACGUGGUAACUCGCCCCAAAUUCAACGAGUACAUCGACAGCACCUUCCCCCGCUUCACCCAAUCCGACAUCGCCCGCCUCAACACCAUCUACCACACCGCCGACUCCCAACCCGUCGACAACGGCCCCCGCUACGACACCCUCGGCACCAGCGGCCCAACCGCCCUGAACCAAUCCGAAAUGGCCACCGGCCUCCAACAAACCGUCCUCAACAUCUUCGCCGAAACCACCUUCGACUGCCCCGCUCAAUGGCUCGCCCAAGCCUUCAGCCACGGUCACCGCCAGGCCUGGAAAUACCAGUACUCCGUGACGCCCGCCUACCACGGCGCCGACCUGUCCGCGUACUUCAGCGCCGGGGUCUCCUGGCCCGAUGUCGGCUUUCGCACGGCAUUCCAGAAAUUCUGGGGCCAGUUCAUCAUGGCCGAUAGCCCCGUCAUUUCGCUCCGGGAUGCCACGGCUAAUAUGUCGAAUGCGUCGGUUCCGAUUGGUGCGAAUGGCACGAUUGACUGGCCGCCGUAUACGCCGCGCUAUCCGUUCCAGAUGGAUUUGAAUACUACCGGCGGGUAUCUGAUUCAUGAUGUGGUGACGUCCAAUCUAUCCUACUGGCUGCGCGAGGGGGAUGGCAUUGUGAACAACUUCCGGUUGGUGAAUGCCUCGGCCUGGGAGGGUGGCCGGGGUGCUCGGUGUGACUUUUGGAGUGCUGUCUCGGCACGCGUGCCUCAGUAGGUCAUCAUCUACUGUCGGACCUUGAAUCAGGUCGACAAUGGGAGGAACUAGUUAGCGUCAUUCUUUUGUAUAUCAGUGUAUGUAUUCACACAUAAUAGAUAGAUAGAGUGUAUAUUCAUAGAUACUGUUUCAUAUAGAUGAGGGGAGAUCCAAUACAUGACUAACC